AUGACUUUGAGUAUUAGUAUCAAUACACCACCCCCCUACCUGGUUCUUAACAAGAAUGAACAAUUGCCUGUGGUAAUGACAGUAGCAGGCUCUGAUUCGAGCGGUGGUGCUGGUAUUGAAGCAGAUAUUAAGACUAUAACGGCACAUAGAUGUUAUGCAAUGACAUGUAUGGCGGCCUUAACCGCACAAACACCAGCUAAAGUGUAUUCUAUCCAUCCUCUCCCCAAAGAAUUCAUCUCUCAGGUAUUGGAUGCAAAUCUCAAGGACAUGAACUGUGAUGUGAUAAAGACAGGUAUGCUUACUGCAAAUGCUGUCGAAGCCCUAGCUGCCAAACUAGACAGUAUGGGAUCUAAAAGGCCCAAAUUGGUGAUAGAUCCAGUUUUGGUUGCUACAUCAGGUUCAGCACUAAGCAGUGAGGAGUUGAUUGAAUUAGUCAAAGAAAAGAUUACACCAUUAGCUGAUCUUUUAACGCCAAAUAUCUACGAAUGCUUCAAAUUAAUUGGAUCGGAAUUCGAACUUCAAAACGUAUCAGAUCUUUACGAGUUGGCUCGUAGAGUGUCAGUGGCUACUAAAAGCAGAAACAUUUUAGUCAAAGGUGGUCAUAUCCCUUGGGGUCAAGACGGUAAGAAUUUUGUUACAGAUGUUCUUUAUUUGAGCCAAGAGGAUAAAUUUGUCGUUUACAAUGGACCUCGUAUUCUAACAACGGCUACCCACGGUACUGGAUGUACACUAGCAUCUGCCAUUGCAUCAAAUUUGGCUCGUGGUUAUCCAAUAGCUCAGGCUGUUUAUGGUGGAAUUGAAUACGUGCAGAGUGGUGUUAGCAUUAGUUGUCAAGUGGCAAGUUCACAUAUCAAGGACAAUGGUCCUAUAAAUCACGUCUAUGCCGUGGAAGUUCCGUUAGAAGGAAUGGUUCAAGACGAGUGCUUUACCGCACGAGAUGUAAUCCCAAGUACCGUUAACCAGACGGUUUCCGAUAUAAUCAAGGGAGAUUUUUUUGAAUAUUUGAUUUCCCACCCCAAGGUCAAGCCUCAUUGGGAAAGCUAUAUACAUCACGAUUUCGUGAGACAAGUCGCUCAAGGUACAUUACCCAUCCAUAAAUUUCAAUUUUUCAUCGAGCAAGAUUAUGCAUACCUGUUAGACUAUGCUAGAGUCCACUGUAUCGCGGGAAGCAAAGCACCUUCUCUAGACGAUGUGGAGAAGGAACUGGUCAUAGUUGGCGGUGUAAAGAAUGAAAUGUCACAGCACGAGAAGAGGUUGAAGCAAGAGUUUGGCGUUAGCGAUAACAGUUAUUUCGAUCGCAUUGAAAGAAGUCAAGCCCUAAAAGCUUACUCUAGAUACUUUAACGAUGUCGCCAAGAGAGGUAACUGGCAAGAACUAGUGGCCUCGCUGUCACCAUGUCUGAUGGGGUACGGUGAAGCACUUUUACAUUUCCGCAGCGAUAUUGUCGUCGAGGAAGGAACCGUCUACCGUGAAUGGUGUGAUACUUACUUAUCGCCUUGGUACGUUGAUGGUAUGGAACAGGGUAAAAGUCUACUGAAUCAAAUUGCUCGGACUUAUCCGGCCGAUCAGCUAGACAAUCUGGUGUCCAUCUACGCCAAUGUGUGUGAACUAGAGACCAACUUCUGGGGUUCAGCCCUCGAACACCGUGUCGAAUGA